CACCUAACAUCAAAAGGAAAGUUAAAGUCUGUGACCUAAUUUCUUUCUUUGAACCAAAAGAUGUAUUAGCUUCUUCCUUUGAACAGCCAAGAGAUCUAUUAGCUAAAUUGAAGAAAUCGGUGUCCAGCUGGUGCUACUUCUCCAGACAAGACGUUGGGUCUAAAACGGACUGUACUCCUGUAGAUUUGAGAAGAAAGUUCGAUUCUAUAGCAAGGUCAGAGACACAGUUGUUGUUUUGAAUGCUCAAAAAUCCAUAUCUAAGGUUUUGAUGGCAAGAAUUGGAGUGUUUUAUGAUAAUGUUAUUUGUUGUUUUUGUUAAGCCAUUUGAAGGCAAUGCUUUGUAAUUUGUAUUUUAACUUAUUGGAAAAACAAUUUGAGCUUUGAAGAGGAAUAAUGAUAGCAGCAGUUUCGUGGGUACCCAAAGGGGUUGCAAAGUCUGUACCAAGUGUAGCAGACCCACCUUCAAAAGAGGAAAUUGAAGAGCUGAUCAAAGCUAGUGAUUUAGAGAGAAGUGGAGAAGAUAGUGGCAGCGAGGAAGAUGACCAGGAAAUGGAUGUUGAUGCUGCCAAGCAGACCGGUGAAGUAAGCCAAGCAUUAGCUGUAGCAAAUGCACUUGGCAGAAGUUCCAAAGUUAACAAGUCAGAGACCAAAUUUGAUGACAUAGCAGAUGGUCUGCAGGAACUUGAUAUGGACAAAUAUGAUGAUGAGGAGGAUGGUAUUGAGCUGUUCAGCACAGGACUCGGGGACCUUUACUACCCAAGUAAUAGCAUGGACCCGUACAUCAAGGAUGGAGAUGAUGAUGAUUCUGAAGAUCUUGAAGACAUGGCUAUCAAACCAAAGGAUGCAGUCAUUGUUUGUGCAUGCAACAAGGAUGAAUUUAGUAACCUCGAGGUUUGGAUAUUGGAUGAAACAAGUGAUGGUGAUUCAAACAUAUACGUUCACCAUGAGGUUCCCCUUUCAGCAUUUCCCCUUUGCACAGCAUGGCUUGAUUGUCCACUUAAAGGGGGAGAAAAAGGGAAUUUUAUAGCUGUUGGGUCAAUGGAACCUGCCAUUGAAAUAUGGGACCUUGACAUUAUUGAUGAAGUGCAACCAGCUGUGGUAUUAGGUGGCAUUGAAGAGAAAAAGAAGAAAAAAGGGAAAAAGGUGUCAAUUAAAUACAAAGAAGGCAGUCACACUGAUUCUGUCCUUGGUCUUGCUUGGAACAAGCAUUUCAGGAACAUCCUUGCCAGUGCUAGUGCCGACAAACAAGUCAAAAUUUGGGAUGUGGAUGCUGGAAAAUGUGACAUUACCAUGGAGCAUCAUACAGACAAGGUUCAAGCAGUUGCAUGGAAUCAUCAUGAGCCACAAGUUCUUCUCAGUGGAUCCUUUGAUCGUUCAGUAGUCAUGAAGGAUGGAAGGUUGCCUUCAGAUCCUGGUUUCAAGUGGUCGGUCACAGCUGACGUUGAAAGCUUGGCCUGGGAUCCGCAUGAUAAGCAUUUAUUUGUGGUGAGUCUUGAAGAUGGUACAGUUCAAGGUUUUGACAUCCGUGCUGCCAAGUCUGGAUCAUCUUCUGACCUUAAGCCAAGUUUUACCCUCCAUGCACAUGACAAAGCUGUUUGCACAAUCUCUUAUAAUCCUUUAGCACCUAAUCUUCUUGCUACUGGAUCAACAGAUAAAAUGGUAAAACUCUGGGAUCUGUCCAACAACCAACCCUCAUGUUUAGUAUCCAAGAAUCCUAAAGCAGGAGCUAUCUUUUCUGUUUCCUUCUCAGAGGACAACCCUUUUCUGCUCGCUAUUGGAGGCUCCAAGGGGACAUUGGAACUAUGGGAUACAUUGUCUGAGGCCGAGGUUGCUAGAAGAUUUGGAACCACAGCAAGCUGAAAUCACCGCUGGCUUCAUUGAUCAAGAAGGUAAAAGAGCUAUGUUCCUUGUAAAAUUUACGAGCUACAGCAAAAGCCACAUGGGCCUUGUUAUGAGCUAAGAUUGAUUUGGAAGGUGAAAGACAUCGGUCCUCACAUGGCAAGCAUGUGUAUUUAAGUAGACUGUAGAGAGAGCUGGUGUAUUUAUACGAGAAUGAGUGGCAUCUGCUUGGGCAGUAGUGGUAGUCUCGUAGCUUUUUCAAUUUUGUGAGAUGGCAGAUGAGGUUUGGUUUCCUGUUUAUUUAUUUAUUUUGCUCUUCUGGAAUUAUGAUAUUUAAUUGUAAUGAAGACCAAGGUUAAUUCA